UAUUAUUAUUAAUGUCAUAAAAAUUCGGUCCUCUUUAAUUAAAAAAGAAAAUUCAAAAAACUAAUCCAACUGAAAAAAAGAUAUACAAUCAAUAAGAAACAGUAGAUAGUAAUUAUGAUAUCAUAAUUUAUCAGAGUAAGAGAUAGAAAACGAAAAAUUUAAGAAAUAAUAAUAAUUCAAUCCAGUUGAAAUGGCUUAGUAAGGAGGAACAGGAAAGACUUAGUCAGAAAUUUAAUUUGAUUUAGUUAGACUUAAGAGAUUAGGCGAUAAAAUAGAAAAAGUAAUUACAAUUUUAAAAAUUUCUAGAAAAUGGAAUUAACAUACAGAUAAAAAAUAGAAACUUUCAACAAGAAAAUUUAAAAGAUGCCUGAACAUUAUGAUAUUCCAAAAGUUGGUCCAGGUUGAG